UCUUGGAUGCUGAAAUGUUUGACUUGAUGCACCAAAAUGGGGAUUACACACAUUUUUACUUCUGUUACAGAUGGUUCUUGCUUGAUUUCAAAAGAGAACUAUUAUAUGAUGACGUGUUCAGUGUUUGGGAAACUAUUUGGUCUGCCAAGCAUGUUGCAUCAAGCCAUUUUGUCCUGUUCAUUGCACUUGCUAUGGUAGAGUAUUACAGAGAUAUUAUUCUGGAAAAUAAUAUGGACUUCACUGAUAUUAUAAAGUUCUUUAAUGAAAUGGCUGAAAGGCAUGAUGCAAAAGCUGUGUUGAAGAUUGCCAGGGAUUUAGUUCGGCAGAUACAAACACUGAUUGAUAAUAAAUGAAACAGGUGUAAUGGAUUUUAAAAAAUACGAAUUAACAUGCAAAUAAAACAUUUUGUUUUUUAUCUGAACAAAGGACAUAAGUGUGGGCUUUGAUUAUUUAUUCAGUCAUUGCCUAGUUUCCAAAUGAACUAAAAUACUUAAAACUAUUUUCUCAUAGAAAGUCCAGUUAUGUUGCAGAAUUGUAUGUACAGUACAAAGUCUUUGAUCCGGACUCGUCGGGAUUUCGGCGAUUCCGGUUAAGGGGUUUUUCCGGAUUAUAGAUCGUCAAUUUAAAUCUGGUAAGAUGGCAGAAAUUAUAAA